UGUCCAUCAAUGCUAGCUGUCAGUGCUCAUCAAUGCCACCUGCCAGUGCCCAUCAGUGCACAUCAAUGUCACCCAUCAGUGCCAGGCAGUGCCACCUAUCAAUGCCAGUCAGUGCCACCUAUCAGUGCUGCCAAUCAGUGCCACCUAUCAGUGCCAGUCAGUGCCGCCUAUUAGUGCCAGUCAGUGCCGCCUAUCAGUGCCAGUCAGUGCCGCCUAUCAGUUCCAGUCAAUGCCGCCUAUCAGUGUGCAUCAGUGCCGCCUAUCAAUGCCCGUCAGUGCUGCCCAUCAGUGCCGCCUAACAGUGCCAGUCAGUACCGCCUAUCAAUGCCA